UCUAUAACUAUGAUCUUCUUCCUGGCCCGUCGAACAGACUUUUCCUACACCUGUCAGCCGGUAACGUUUGCCACCACUCGGACUGGCUAUGAAGAGAUGUACUUGUCCUACGCCUACUUGCUGCUUAAGGUACUGGAUCUGGCAGAUACGAUGUUCUUCAUUCUGCGCAAAAAGCAAUCGCACGUGUCCUUCCUGCAUGUGUACCAUCACGCCAUUAUGGUUGCGAUGACCUACGCCGGAGUACUGUUUGUGCCAGGUGGUCACAUCUUCCUGCUGGGUCUGUGGAACACGCUGGUUCACGCUGUGAUGUACUUCUACUACUAUCUGUCGUCGUUCAAAUCCCCGUGGGCGGCUUGGUUCAAGAUGUACCUCACCAGGAUGCAGCUGGCACAGUUCGUGCACCUAGGUAUUCAUUUCGGCCGGCCAGCUCUGUUGGGAAUCGACUGUGGCUUUCCCCAGUUGUGGCACUGGAUCGGUUUUGGACAGGCGAUCUUCAUUUUGGCGAUGUUUACCGAUUUCUACAUCAAAUCGUACGUUAAGAUAGACAAGAAGCGUAGCUAGACUAGAUUAGGUUAAGUCGUCUACACAAAAGGAAAACGAAAUAUCAGCUCGAAGCAUUUAUAUAUAUCAAACCGAAACUAGUGAGGUGAUUCAAACAAUUGAAUUAGAGCAGCACAUAAUGCCUUUGCUUAAUGUAUAUUUGCAUGCUGAAGAGGAAAUUAUGAAGCAAUUCUGUGAGAUAUACUAAAGAUUUAAAUGAAAACUGAAUAAGCAUAAAUAAUUAAAAACGAUACGAUAAGAGUGAUGAAAAAAACGAAGACAACAAGAACAAGAUGUCAAUUCAGAAACAAAGCUAGACUGAUGCUGAGUUCUUUUUUGUAUCCGGAUGAGAGUAGGUUUAAACUAUCACAAUUUGGCGUCAACAUACACUGUAAAAAUUGUCAAUGAUAUUGGUUCAUUAAAUAUUUAUUAUCUAAUCAUUUGGUUUGGGUUUUGCGUUUUGUUUUGUGCUUCACAUAACAAAAAAUUUCCUUGAUCGAACCUAGUGGUAGAUAGUUUAAUCAAACAAGCGUUAGCAGUUUAAAUCUAUCAACUAGAUACAAAUAAUUAUUUACAACAUCUUCUUAAAAUAAACAAAUUACUAAAGCAAGUAACAAUGUGCGUUAAAUCGAAAAACUGAGAGUGAAUUUCGUAACCUGUGCUAGCCGAGAAAAUAGUAUUAUGACUUGUACAAAAAACUCAUUUCAGUACAAUGGAAGACAUUAAUUAUUUAUUGUAAAACAUAAACGACGAAUAAAUAUACAAUGGCGGACGAGUAAA